AUGUUUCUCAAGAUGAUUGUGUUGUUUUUGGUUGUGUCUAGUGUGGCAAGCGCUGGGAUGCCUGGAGCUCCUGUAAAUGCAGACAUUAACGAUGUAGCUGUUCAGAAAGCGUUACAGUUCGCUGUGGCCCAGUACAACAGACAAAGCAACGAUGCGUUUGUGCGUAAGGUUUCCAAGGUCCUCAAGGUUCAACAGCAAGUUGUUGCUGGCACAAGUUACAUCUUUACUGUGAAGAUGGACAUAGCUUACUGCAAAAAGGGUGGUGUGAAGACCAUGUGUGCCACUCCGAAGGAUCCCAAUGCUGCACAGGCCAUUCAGUGUGACAUAACUGUCUUGAGCCAGCCGUGGUUAAAGUCCUUAAAAGUCACUAAAAACACCUGCAUGUAGAGCUUGUGACAAGUGCAGUUUGGUGCUUUUUAACAUUCAAGCAGCAAUAAAGUGUACUUUCUGUUGGUAAUGAACGUCAAGUCUUUAUUCUUG